AUGCCAAAAAAGAGAGCUUCCAACGGUAGAAACAAGAAGGGUAGAGGUCACGUCAAGCCAGUGAGAUGUGUUAACUGUUCCAAGUCCAUUCCAAAGGAUAAGGCUAUCAAGAGAAUGGCUAUUAGAAACAUUGUUGAAGCUGCUGCCGUCAGAGAUUUGUCCGAAGCUUCUGUCUACCCAGAAUACGCCUUGCCAAAGACUUACAACAAGUUGCACUACUGUGUCUCCUGUGCUAUUCACGCCAGAAUUGUUAGAGUUAGAUCCAGAGAAGACAGAAAGAACAGAGCUCCUCCACAAAGACCAAGAUUUAACAGGGAUAACAAAGUUUCUCCAGCAGCUGCCGCAAAGAAAGCUUUGUAA